ACCUGGCAACCCCCAAAGUAAAAGGCGGUGAAACGAACACACGCGAGUCGUUAGUUUAGGAGGGUCGCCUCACACACACACACACACACACACACACACACACAAAAACAGGGUUUCUGCGGUCAGCCGACAGGAAUGGACGUUAGCCAGGUGAGCUGCGUCCUCUGUCACCGGCGCGAGGAGACGGAAGAGAGCGGAGCGCUGUCGACUAAAGCUGACGUCACGGCUCACCAGAACUGUUUGUUAUUUUCCUCCGGCCUGUUUUGCCGUAACUCCCCACAGUUUGACGAUCUGUUCGGUUUCACCGUGGAGGAUGUGCUGAACGAGGUCAAACGAGGAAGCAAACUGAUGUGUAACAAAUGUAAGAAGAAAGGCGCCACUGCAGGAUGUGAAGUCAAGCGCUGCAAGAAGUCCUACCACUACCCGUGUGCUGUUCAAGACGGAGCCAAUAAUGUGGAGGACGCAGACCAGGGGAAAUAUGGGCUGUACUGCUUCAAUCACUAUCAAGAAACACAAAGACACAACGACUCUGUAAACGGACGCCCCGCCUCCUUCACUCAGUGCCGACCGUCCAAUAGAGCGAGUGAAGCCGGAUCCUCUAAGAGCAACGGGGACUCGACCGCGGCCAGACGUCUGUUGGCGUGCAGCAGCAGCGACUCCGACCCGUGCGGCAGCAUGACGACGCCUUCAUCAACCAAGAGAAAGUUGAGUUUCAGAGACAAGCGGGAAGGGGGCGUGUCCAAACGUAAAGGCUGGAACGUGAUCUCAACGGACGAUUCUUCAAAUUCAGAUGAGAGCGAGUCAGAAAUGGCAAUGUUUGCACCCGUGGACACGGAUUUCGAGGAAAGCGCAAACUCCGUUCCGGAGGCCCGAUUGAUCAGAAAAGACGGCGAGAGUCCCACUGGGUCCACUUCAGGAAAUCAAGUGGAGGACGCGAGCGUCGGUGGAAAUGAUGAAGGAGAUGAAACCAUCAUGCAUUCAGAUGCCGGGUCAGAGAGUCUGCUGCUUCCUGUGUGUCGGUCUCCUUCAACUCAGACCGUGGCGACUCAGUCACCCCGCAUGGUUUUGGUGAAGUCGGAGGAGGCGGCGGCUCGGAGAUUAGACCGAGGAUCCGGUCCUGUCCACAGUCCCUCUCCUCACCGCUCACCUCCGUGCACCAGCUCAGCCAUUCCCCUCCUUCGGGCCCUGGCCCCUCCCCCUCCUCUGGCCCCUCCCCCUCCUCUGGCCCCUCCCUCAGACCCCUCCCUCAGCUUCGACUCCACCCGCUUCUGGAAAAGCUGCAACAAGGCAGGGUGCACACGGGCGCUCUUCACUGGUUUCAUUAAUGAGAUGAACGCCAUCUCCAGCAGAAUUCAGUCCGACCUGGCCAGCCAGGAGGACUAUGAUCAUGCACUCACGGUGAUGAAUGCUUCUGGGAAACUGGAGGGGCUUGUGGCCGAGCAGCAGGAAGAGUUGCAAAGGAAACAAACGGAGCUGCUGACGGCCAGCGGCGCCAUGAAGGAGGUCGUCUCGGCCCUGAAGACACGCGUCCAUCAGCAGAAGCUGUGAGAACGUCUUCUCUUCUCUUUUGUCCUAAAAAAACAAACUACAACUAAAACACUGUUUUAGUUUUUUCAAAUUACUCGGAUGACAUUUUUAGCAUUUUAUACGAUUUGUACAUUACGAUAUAUUUUAUUGAUUAUGUCUUGAUAUUUAAGUGGAAGGUGAACUGCACCAUUUUACCCGAGCAUGUGGGUAUAUAAUAAUAUAAUUAUGUCUUGGAAAAAGUUCCACAUGCAACACAACGAUCUGAAAUUGUUAAAAAAAAAUAACAUUGUUGUUCUUAAGUUUGUUCCUUUUUAUGAUGUUUCAUGUACUUUUAAGAUAUUUUAUUGUAGAGCUAUCUUAGAAGAAAAACCCUGCUGUAUUUCAAUGCAUGUAUUAAUGUUGGAAGCCGGUGAAUUUGGGCCAGAAAUAGAUGAAAUGUUUGGAGUAUUCAUCUCUCAAAAGGUCCUUCCUCCUCAAACUGAGUGACUACAGUAACUCUGCAGGUUUGAGUUGUUAAUUAAAGACUCAAACGGUUCAUCAGACGUGUGUUUGACAAGUUUACUGUAAACCAGAAGGACAGAAGAGCGGAAAUAAUGUUGCAGUUUACAAGUAUUUGCAAGGAAAUUUCUGCAAAUACUUAAUUGCAAAGUUCAGGAGUCUGUGUUUACAUUAUUGAUCAAGAGGAAUUCAUGUUUAGUCCUCUUGUUCAGGUAAUACAUUGUUAUAACCGUUAGUAAAGUUGUUUGUUCAACAUGUU